UCUCGGCUGUCUGUCGUUUGUCGGCUGAAGCCUUCGCACAAGGAAGCCAGAGCAGCGGCAGAAGCGUUUGAAACGGGGCUGAGAGAUGUGUUAGUUCCACCUCAACAAAGUGAAGAAAAUGGCAGCCAACUCAAACCACCGCCCAAAAAGCCUUGACAUCAGCAGUCAUGUCUUCGGCGCUUUCUCUCUGCUGUCCAUGGGGCCCGAGUCCUCCACGCAGGGGCCCAUACGAGUCCACUUUCAGAUCGGGCUCCUCAAAGAGGACGUACAGGUCCCCGAGGGACACCUCAGCUUCCAACAGGCGAAGCACCUCGCAGCCAAAAUCAUCGAGAAAAAGGCUCCAGAGUGCAGUGGUGUCGGUCUCGAAGAGAAGCUGCUGUUAUUCAGACACGAGCCAAACACAGAACAGAUCUUACAGAGACUCUCUGAAAAACACGACAUACGCAACGGAGACCUGGUGGAGGUGGUGCUCGCUGGAACAGCUUCAGUGAUGGAGACGAAGUACCGUCCUCACUCUCUGGCCGUUCACUCGUAUCGCUCACCUACGUUUUGUCACUACUGCGGUGAGAUGUUGUGGGGACUUGUCCGGCAGGGUCUCAAAUGUGAAGGCUGCGGUCUGGAUUUCCACAAGCGCUGUGCCUUUAAGUUACCCAACGACUGCUCUCGUGUGUAUCGCCGCUGCGGCCCGAGUCUGUCCCUGUUCCCUCCGGGGCGGCCCCGGACCCCGGCGCUCUCCAAUCACACCGGCGGGAGUCUGGAGGAGAUCAGCAUGUCGAAGCCGUCCCGCUCGCGGCCGCCGUCCUGGGUCGACGUGCCGGUGUCCGUGGGGCUGUCGGAGGGGAAGGAGGCCCGGCCCCGGGUCCCUCACACCUUCCACAUCCACAGCUACACCAAACCCACCGUCUGCAUGCACUGCUUCCGGCUGCUCAAGGGCCUCUUCCGACAGGGCAUGCAGUGCUCCGACUGUAAGUACAACUGUCACCGCAGGUGUAUGUCUCUGGUUCCUCCUGAGUGUAACGGUGAGAAAGCAAACGGAGAAGAGCCCGAUGAGAACAUGAAAGUGGUCACGUUCAACGAUCUGUACGAAGAGCUGCGGUAUAAAGACCCUCCGGCCUCAGACGUGACCCCCCUGCAGCCGUGUUUCAGCAGUAAUAUUCCUCUGAUGAGAGUGGUGCAGUCGGUCAAACACAGCAAGAGGAGAAACAGCGGGGUGCUGAAGAAAGGCUGGUUAAUCCAUCACACCAACACCGACACGCUGAGAAAACGUCACUACUGGGUAUUAGAUGGGAAAAGCGUCACUCUGUACCCGAACGAAAUCAGCACUAAGUACUAUAAGGAGAUUUCUCUCUCGGAGGUGCUGCAGGUCCGAGGUCCGGCUCAGCUCGGGGUCCCGGUGCUGGAAGGCGGCAGCGCGCCGUCGUUCGAGCUGGUGACGGGGUCUCUGGUGUACUGCGUGUUUGCGGAGGAGGACGGCCCUUCGUGGGAGUCGGCUCUCGGUCAGGCCCUCAGGCCGGUUCAGGGCACCGCGUGCCACGACACACACAACACCGAUGACGGAAAGAACGGCGACGAGACCCAGGACAUCGGCGAGCUCUAUCAGAUCUUCUCGGAUGAAGUGUUGGGUUCGGGUCAGUUCGGGGUGGUUUACAGAGGCGCUCACCGCCACACGGGCCGCCCGGUCGCCGUUAAAGUCAUCAAUAAAACACGAUUUCCCAUCAAGCAGGAGGAGCAGACCAAAAACGAGGUCUCCAUAUUGCAGAGACUGUCUCAUCCGGGAAUCAUUCAUUUAGAAGGGAUGUUUAAGACCAUGGAAUAUACUUUUGUUGUGAUGGAGAAGCUCCACAGUGACAUGUUGGAGAUGAUCUUAUCUCACGAGAACGGCCGUCUGACUGAACGCACCACCCGCUUUCUAGUGACUCAGGUUCUGGAGGCUCUGAGGUACCUUCACAUGAGGGACGUAGCACACUGUGACCUGAAACCUGAAAACGUGCUGCUGGCUUCACCUGAACCAUUUCCUCAGGUCAAACUGUGCGACUUCGGUUUCGCUCGUAUCAUCGGGCAGAAGUCGUUCCGGCGCACUCUCGUCGGGACGCCUGCGUAUCUGGCCCCGGAGGUCAUCUGCAGUAAGGGCUACAACCGCUCUCUGGACAUGUGGUCUGUGGGUGUGAUUUUAUACGUCAGCCUGAGCGGGACGUUCCCUUUCAACGAGGACGAGGACAUCAAUCAGCAGAUCACCAACGCUUCCUUCAUGUAUCCGCGCCAGCCGUGGUCCCUCAUCUCACUGGAGGCGGUGAAUCUGAUCAAUAACCUGCUGCAGGUGGUGGUGAGACGCAGGUUCAGUGUCGGCAAAGCCAUGGGUCAUCCUUGGUUUCAGAACUUCCAGAUGUGGUGUGACCUGCGUGAGUUCGAGCAGAGGAUGGGAUGCCGCUAUCUCACGCACGAGGCGGAUGACGAGCGCUGGAGGUCCCACGCUCUGGAGAAAGGACUCCGUUUACCACGACAUUUAGCAGCAGACGCCGAGCAGAAACAGCAGCCGUCGGACACUUAGAUUUCACUCGAACAUUACUGUGAAUACUGUAUUACAUCAGCAACUUUGUGUAUAUGCUUUGUUGUAUAUCUAAUUAUUUCGGUGCGCUUUGAUAAGCUGAGAUAUUUUCAAAUAAAAUAAGAAAAAAGAA